AUCGUAGCUCCCAGGAGGAUGGUGAGGAUCUUGGCCAAUGGGGAAAUCGUUCAGGAUGAUGACCCCCGAGUGAGGACCACCACCCAACAGAGGAGUAGCAGCCCUAGGCAGGGCUUUCUCAACAGAGGUCAUGGUGCACCUCCUGGGGGCCCUGGACCCCGCCAGCAGCAGCAGGCAGGUGCUGGGCUGGGUGCUGCCCAGUCCCCCUUCAGUGACCUGAACCGGCAGUUGGUGAACAUGGGCUUUCCCCAGUGGCGUCUUGGGAACCACGUGGUGGAGCCUGUGACCUCCAUCCUCCUGCUUUUCCUGCUCAUGAUGCUUGGGGUCCGGGGCCUUCUGCUAGUGGGCCUGGUCUACCUGGUGUCCCACCUGAGCCAGCGGUGACCUCUGGGGGGGAGGAGGAACUCAUGAGGGUGGGAGUGUUCAGUAGGAUUGGCUGCACAAGGU